UGUUCACCAUGGCUCGCACCAAGCAGACUGCUCGCAAGUCCACGGGAGGCAAGGCUCCUCGUAAGCAGCUGGCCACCAAGGCAGCACGCAAGUCUGCUCCUGCCACAGGGGGCGUGAAGAAGCCUCACCGUUACAGGCCCGGAACGGUCGCCCUGCGUGAGAUCCGUCGUUACCAGAAGAGCACCGAGUUGCUCAUCAGGAAACUUCCCUUCCAGCGUCUGGUGCGCGAAAUUGCCCAGGACUUCAAGACCGAUCUUCGCUUCCAGUGUAUAUGA